AUGACUGUGGGGAGGACUACGGGAGGCCCCGAGUGCGCCGAGUGGAGCCGCGAGAUAUUUCCCCCCAAAUCCUCCUCCUCAGACACUGAGCCAGAAGAUGAGCUGCUUGGAGAAGGGCUGGUUUUGCCCAGAGCUGGCAAACUCCAUGAGUUUCUCAGCCCAGAGGAGGACACAGAUUCCACUUCUGACUCCACUGGGAGCUUUUACAGAACCCCACAGGUUCCAAAGCAGAAAGGCAGGUGGGAUCUACUGAAGCCUCUCUUUCAGUCUGAUCCAGACAGUGACUUGAACGGCUCCGAGGAUGAGGAAGACUUGGAGAGCUUCUUCCGAGACAAGAACAGGGGGAAGCCACAGGUCCAGGGCCCUCCAUCUCUUGGGUGUGGCUCCAUGAGGCGCUGCAGCUCCAUGACUAGCCUUCCCUCUGACAUCCCCAAGACUCAGAUCCUGCCAACCUCAGACUCUGGGCCUCCCUCCCAGCACAGAAGUGUUUGCUCUUGGGCAUCCUCCAUCACUGUCCCUCAGCCAUUCCGCAUGACACUGCGUGAGGCCAGGAAGAAGUCCCAGUGGCUGGCCUCACCUGCCUCUUUUGAGCAGGAAAGGCUACAGGCCCAGAAGCAGGGCCAGGAAGAGGCAGAGUGCCAUCGGCAGUUCCGGGCCCAGCCUGUGCCCGCGCAUGUCUACCUGCCUCUCUAUCAGGAGAUCAUGGAACGCACUGAGGCAAGGAGGCGUGCAAGUAUUCAGAAGAGGAAGGAGCAGCUUCUCUCCUCCUUGAAGCCCUUCAGCUUCCUUGAAAAGAAAGAGCAGCAAAAGAAAGACACUUCACAGAGAGACUCAGCUGCUGUGGCUCAGACCAAGGUCCCCCCAAAGAAAGCCACUUCUAAAAAGAUCCCCAAGUCUAUUCUGGAACCAGCCCUUGGUGACAAACUCCAGGAAUCGGAGCUCCUCAGGAAAAUCCGAAUCCAGAUGAGGGCUAUGGACAUGCUCCAGAUGGCUUCCUCUCCUAUCAGCACCCCGAGUAGCAGGGCUCCCCGAACGGCUACCCGUACCCAGGAGGAGAAGCUGAGUUUUCUACAGACUGAGUUCGGAUUCCAGCCUCAGGUGAACCCUGUGGUCCCGGACUAUGAAAGCCUUUACAAGGCUUUCCAGAGAAGAGCUGCUGAGAGAAGGGAAACCAGGGAGACAACUCGAAAUAAGCCCUUCUUCCUGAGGACUGCCAACCUGUGUCACACUCCACGAUCCUGUGAUGCCGCUACUGCUGGCGGAGAGAAGAGAAGAACGCAGAAGUCCCCUCAGCCAACAGCUACACCCCUCCCAAGGAGUCAUUCUCUGAGUGGUCUUGCUUCUUUUUCUGCCAACACCCUCCCUGUGCACAUCACAGAUGCUACCAGGAAGCGGGAAUCUGCGGUCCGAAUGUCACUUGAAAAGAAGGACAAAUCAGACAUGAGCAUUCAGUGGUUGGAGAUGCACAAAAAGAACUGUCAAGCCAUGUCUAAAUCAGUGACCUCGAGGGCCAAAGCCAUGGAUCCCCACAAAAGCCUGGAAGAGGUGUUCAAAGCGAAGCUUAAAGAGAACCGGAACAAUGACCGUAAAAGAGCAAAGGAAUAUAAGAAAGAACUGGAGGAAAUGAAGAAAAGAAUACAAACAAGACCCUAUCUCUUUGAACAGGUUACCAAGGCCCUUGCCAGGAAAGAAGCAGAACAGCGUUAUCGGGAUACCCUGAGGCAGGCUGGCCUGGAGGAAGAGUUUGUGACAACCAAGGGUCAAGGCACAGAGGCAGUGUGAUGUAGAGAAAGCCAAAGUCAAGGAUUCUCAUUGCAUCCAUGAAACUACAAAACUCAGCAUCCGAGGUUGACAGCAGGUUUUAGAAGACUCUACAACUGCCUGCUGAGCCCAGGCUGGAACAGCAGUGGCUUGAAGAGCUAACCAAUCUGCUUGCUGGAAUAGUUCACUCAUCCUGUCACAUCAGAGCAUCAAGCAACCAACUAGAGGAGGAGCUUGAGUCUAGAGUCAUGGCCUCUGCUAGGGAAUGGAAGUACAGAACAGAAAUUCAGAGAUCAAGGUGGAGCCGAGGGUGGAGGCGCCCUAGCCCAGAGGUAACGGCUCUUUGCUUUGCACUUGACACUUAAGGAGUAGGGAUAGAAAGUAAGGUACAGCCCACACCUAUCAGGUAGGUGUAAGAGGAACAGAGGUAGGAAAAUAGGUAGCAAUAAGGAAACAGAAAUCUAGGACAGCUAGACUAAAUACAUUCUCAUCAGCUUCCAGUAACCUGGAAUCUUGGCAGCUAAACAUGUAGGAAUACUGUGUAUGAAAUAAACCAUGUCUCUCAGUCCACAUUUGCACCUUAACUACAGCAUCUUAUCAGCAUCUGACACACUGGGACACGUCAUUUUUUAUCAUUUGUAGGAUUUUUUUUUAAAGAUUUAUUUAUUUUCUAUGAAUACACUGUAGCUGUCUUCAGACAAAUCCAGAAGAGAUCAUCUGAUCCCAUUAUAGACAGUUGUGAGCCACCAUGUGGUUGCUGAGAAUUGAACUCAGGACUUCUGGAAGAAUAGUCAGUGCUCUUAACCCCUGAGCCCUCUCUCCAGCCCCCUGUAGGAUGUUUUUUUCCUCACCCCUUGUAACACCCCAUUCAGGUUGUUGACAACCAAAAAUGUUAACAGAUAUUGCCAAAUGGCCUCUAGAGUACAAAAAUGUCCCAGACUGAGAAUCACUCCUGUAGGAAGCACAGGCUGGAAUUUUGGAAAAACAAGUAAUUGCUAGGAACUUUUCUCCAUACUAGAGGAUAACUGCGCAUGCUGAUAACGAAUGCUAAGCUGUUCUUUUCUACCAUUCUUUGAGAACACUAUUUGCAUAUGUGUGUCAGCAGAGCUCAUUCUAAAUAAAACUUCUUUGGCCACUGA